UUGAAUAUGAGUGAUUAAGUUUUUAAGUAUAAUUUUCAAUUCUCUAGAACAAAAUUUAGUUGCAUAGAAACGUUUUGAUGAUUUUUAGGGGUAACUAAGAGAAGUAUUCCCCAAUAUAAUCAUGCCUAUGUUAUGUUACAUAUUUAAGUAUGUUAGAUUAAUAGAUCAGAACAUAAUUAUGCUUGGAGAUCACAAUCUUUGCAGUAUUGUUGUCUAGUGUCAACCAAUUGCAUUACUUUACAUUUCAUUUGUUGCUUUUUCUUUCCUUUAUUUUGAUUCGCAUGUACGGUGGGGGAUGGGGGUCUGCAUCAAAUAUCUGUGCAAAAAUUAAUGUUUUUUCGCAGAGAAGAUAACUUUUAUAGGGGUAACAAGAAUAAAAAGAGUAAAAGGAAAUUUAUAGGGGACAAAUGUGAUACUAAUACAGUUGAACUAUCUAAUAUAAAAAGUGGAUCAGUAUUUAUGGAUAUUUCAAUUUUCUUUACACUUCAUAUGCAUGUAUGUGAAAAUCAUUAUAUCUUCUAGCGGAUGAAUCAAAUGCUCCAUGCGUACGAAAGAAAAAAGGCAAAAAGUUGAGAUUUUAGAAAAAAUGAAUGGCAAGAUAGCUAGAGCAAAAGUCAAUGAAUGCACAACAUCUAAUAAUGAGGAUCAAAAUGAAUUUGCCGAUAAAAAAGAGAAGUGGGAGAACGUAAAAUGUAGAUUUCAAUGAAAAUGAAACGAAAGAACUUGACGCCACUUGAUGUUGAAGUUGAUAAGGUCAUGACAUAUUUUGCUGAUAAAAAAGACACCUCAAUUGAAAAAAAAAAUAAAAAAAAAUUGAAAAGGAACACAAAGAUAAUUGAAGUCGACAAACUCGACACCGAGGGUGAAGAUGCCGCUGAACUGAAAAAUGGUAAUUCAAAAAAGGCUCGUAAAAUAAAAAAGAAGGAUCAAUUAUUGAUAAACCAAUCAUCGCAGCGGAAUUCACUAGAAAAGAAAGGAGAAGCUGCAGAAGACGAAGUUUAUGAGAUGUCUUCAGGGGAUGAAGAUAGCUCUAAAGGAAUGAAAAAGUGGAUUAUGGAAUACCAUCAGAGUAGACCUGGACUCAGAGUGCUGCAAGAAAGGAUAGAUGACUUCAUAGCUGCUCAUGAGGCACAAGAGGAGCAGGUAGUUUUACUUCUGCUGUGAUAACCAAUGUUUCUUUUCAUCACAGUUAAAGUGGUUUUCUAUAGCUGAAUAAUAGGAGGGCAUAUUCAAUUUUAUAUUCAAGAUAGGCUAGCCAUUUUGUUAAAGAUGUGACAAAUCUGA